GGCGAGCGCGGAGGCGGAAGUUCCCCGCCGGCCUGAGAGGGGACAGCGCACAGGCACCGGGAGCCACUUGUCAGCGCUGCUCGGAGGCGGAGGCUGCGCGGCGCGGGUCCGGAGUUUCUUGCAUUUUUUUCUGGAACUCCACAUCGAACCUUGGAACCAUGAGCAACUACAAUGUGUCGUUGGUCGGCCCAGCCCCUUGGGGCUUCCGUCUCCAAGGUGGCAAGGAUUUCAACAUGCCCCUGACAAUCUCUAGUCUGAAAGAUGGUGGCAAGGCAUCACAGGCGCAUGUGAGAAUAGGCGAUGUGGUCCUCAGUAUUGAUGGGAUUAGUGCACAUGGAAUGACUCAUCUUGAAGCCCAGAACAAGAUUAAAGGUUGUACAGGCUCCUUGAAUAUGACUCUGCAAAGAGCAUCUGCUGCAGCCAAGCCUGAGCCUGUUGCUGUUCAGAAGGGUGAACCUAAAGAAGUAGUUAAACCUGUGCCCAUUACAUCUCCUGCUGUAUCCAAAGUCACUUCCACAACCAACACAGCCUACAAUAAAGUUCCUCGGCCCUUUGGUUCUGUGUCUUCACCAAAAGUCACAUCCAUCCCAUCACCAUCGUCAGCCUUCACCCCAGCCCAUGCCACCACUUCAUCACAUGCUUCCCCUCCACCUGUGGCUGCUGUCACUCCUCCCCCAUUCUCUGCAUCCGGACUGCAUGUUAAUGCCAAUCUUAGCGCUGACCAGUGUUCAUCUACACUGAACACUGGUAAAUCUGCAGUUAAUGUCCCACGGCAGCCCACAGUCACCAGCGUGUGUUCCGAGCCUGCUCAGGAGCUAGCAGAGGGACAGAGAAGAGGAUCCCAGGGUGACAUUAAACAGCAAAAUGGUAACCCUGGCACCGUGAAAAUUCCGCCGAAACGCCCACCAAGAAAACACAUUGUGGAGCGCAACACGGAGUUUUAUCACAUCCCCACUCACAGUGAUGCCAGCAAGAAGAGGCUGAUUGAGGACACUGAAGACUGGCGCCCACGGACUGGAACAACUCAGUCUCGUUCCUUCCGGAUCCUUGCCCAGAUCACUGGGACUGAACAUUUGAAAGAAUCUGAAAAUGAUAAUACAAAGAAGGCAAAUAGCACUCAGGAGCCUUCUCAGCAGUCAGCGUCACCUGGAGCUUCACCUCUGAGCAAGUCUGAGAGCCUAGAGACCCCAGGUUCAAGCAGGCCAGGCGUGGCUGGCCUCAAGACGGCUGCUGCCUUCAAGCCUGUAGGAUCCACCGGUGUUGUCAAGUCACCAAGCUGGCAGCGUCCAAACCAAGCAGCGCCUUCUACUGCAAGAAUUACAAACAGCGUGACUUCUUCAGGUACAGGGGUACCUGCUAACUCAGCUACGGGGCCGCCCCAGCCAAGUGACCAAGACACGCUGGUGCAGAGAGCCGAGCACAUUCCAGCAGGGAAGCGAACUCCCAUGUGUGCCCACUGCAAUCAAGUCAUCAGGGGUCCUUUCCUUGUGGCUCUGGGGAAGUCUUGGCACCCAGAAGAAUUUAACUGUGCUCACUGCAAAAACACGAUGGCUUAUAUUGGGUUUGUCGAGGAAAAGGGAGCACUGUAUUGCGAGCUAUGUUAUGAAAAGUUCUUUGCUCCUGAAUGUGGCCGGUGCCAGAGGAAGAUCCUUGGGGAAGUCAUCAAUGCUUUGAAACAAACCUGGCACGUGUCCUGUUUUGUGUGUGUGGCCUGUGGAAAACCCAUUCGAAACAAUGUUUUCCACUUGGAAGAUGGAGAGCCAUACUGUGAGACUGAUUAUUAUGCUCUUUUUGGAACAAUAUGCCGUGGAUGCGAAUUCCCCAUAGAAGCUGGCGACAUGUUCCUUGAAGCUCUGGGCUACACCUGGCAUGAUACUUGCUUUGUAUGCUCGGUGUGUUGUGAAAGUUUGGAAGGUCAGACAUUUUUCUCCAAGAAGGACAAGCCUCUUUGCAAAAAACAUGCUCAUUCUGUGAAUUUUUGAAAAUCAACAGUUCCAGAAAAGAGAAGAAAUUUGAAGAAAAGGGGGAAAUUAAAAUUAUCAUUUAAUUUUUAGUUUUAAUAUUUAUAUGGAGUUAUAAAAUAAUAAUAACUCUGAAUGGAUAAAUUCCAACAUUAAAAACCCAGUCUGUGAGAAAAUGUUUGGCUUCAGAAAGUCACAGACAGUUUGGGGUUUAUUAUGACUAGCCUGUAUUUUCUGCCCAUGAAGUAGCCUUUAUAAAAAUCAAUUUCCUGACUACCGAACUCUUCUUAGAAUAAAUUAGCAAAGGAUUACAUUUUAGAAUUAAAAACUCUAGCCUCUAUGCUGAAGUGAUACUUUCUUUCCUUGUAACUAUGAGAAUUCACAGAGGGCAAUAUAAGUGCCUUAGACUUUAUUAAUAAGAAUAAUUGUUUAAUAAACUCAUUUUAUCUUUAAAAUAGUAAGUAGGAGUUUAAAUAAACUUUAUGAGUAGGACCAUGCUAUCUUUUUUUUUAGUCUGUGUACAUGCUUUGGUCUUAUCAUUGGUCCUCUUAGUAAGACAGCCCAAGGAAGUUUUUGACCAUAGUUUGUUAUGCAAUAAGAGAUGCUGUGGUCUCCUGUGUUCUUCCUAAGGCUGCCAUGUUGCUUACAGGUCACAGAUGCUGAUGUCUUCAGAUGGGGCAGUUUGUUUGCACUGUGUGCGGCUCAUCGCCUGGGCUAGGCUGCAGUGUUUCUCAUCUCUUAUGCCGAUGUAAAGAUAAUUCAGUAGUGCUAGACUAAUAGUUUUCGCUCUCUCUUUAAAAAGAGUAGAUAGAAGAUAAAGAAGCUAGAGAUUGGGAAAAUAAAGCAAUUGAGAAGUAAAAAAGAAUCGCUUGCCCCUUUCAGAUAAUGAACUGAUUAGUGUUUACAGUUGUGUCACUGACUGAAUGACGAUCUGGAAACUCUUUGCCUGGUAAUUUUUUUCGAUUGAGGAUUGGGAUAAGAUCCAAGUUAAUGUUGCUACUGUUUGUUUGUUUGUUUGUUUGUUGUUGUUGUUUGCUUAUUUGGGGUUGUUCUGGGAUUUUGUUUGUUUGUCUGGGAUUUUUUCCUACCAGUAGGAAGUAAAUCCCCUCUCAUUGUGUGAUCAUGGAGUUAGGCAACUUUUAUUCUCUGACAUUUGGAAGUACAGGGAACCAUGAUCCAUUGCUCUCAUUGUCCUGUCAUGUGUUCUCCUUGAUUGGGCAGAGCAUUGUAGUCAGGAAAGUAGUGUGGCUCACUGCCCAGUGAGAAAACAAAUUAUGGCAUUUGAUAUUUUUAUCUUUGUUUCUACAAUGAAUGAAAGCCCAUGAUCCUGCUGAGUUGUAACUAAAUCUGUUGGGAGCAUGGAGCUUUCAAAAUUCAGAUAGGGCACCCAGUUCUUGCUGCCUCAUCUUUAAAGAGCACCUGUGCAUGCGUGCGUGCAUGUGUGAGCGUGCAUGUGGAGGAGACCAUAGGCUACAGUAUUUGUUUAACCAUCCCCCAGAACUUUCAAGGUAUCUGUCCUGAAAGCUGCUAAUUUAUGGUCUAAUAAAUUUAUAUUAUAUGCAGAUAAUAACUAACUGGGGGAUGAAUGAACAGGAAGGGUGACACACGUUGUAAACCGGGUGUCUCCAGUAGCAGUCCAGACGGCCUCCUCACCUGUGCUUGUAGGAGUCAGUGCUGGAUAGCAGACUCGCUGGCUCAGGUGCAUUAUUUCUCAUCUGAAUGUCAGGCUUUGGCUUUAUCCUACAAAAGAAUGGGGUUUUUUGUCUUUUAGAUGCUAUGCCAUGAUAAUAUUUCACAACUCAUUGGCAGUUGCAUAUUCAAAUAAUUUUCUUUGACUUGGAUUUAUUAUAAAGUUGCCUUUCCUUACAGUUUUCACUUCUAUUAAACCUUUAUUUCUCUGUUACUUGUGAAAUAUAAUACUGCAUUUUAUAAUGCUGUAUUUCUCUGAAUUUACUCUCUGAAAUGGUAGUGUGGUUCGCUAGUUUGGCCUUGUGUCUUUAUUCUUUGCCUAUCAUGUUGUACGGCAAGUUUCGUUUCGGUUCCUAAAACAGUGGCUCCUGGGAGAUGAGUUCUCACCGUAACCAAAAGAGCCUUCUGCAGUGAGGAUCAGCAUGCCUUGUGUACCAGCAUGUAUCCUUUAGUACCUGGCAGAACACUUUACCCUCCUGGCAGGCUCCCUGAGUAUCUCGUAUAAAUCUUCUGUGUCAGUAGCAUUUUUUCAUUAUUACAUUUUCAACAUAGAACAUUGAGUUUUUCUCGUGCUAAAUGUUUAUUUUGAAGGUUUGCUUGAUAAAUUCCAGAUGAAACAAUAGUGCAUAAUUCUUAAUGUCCCUUAUUCGAUUUCUCAUUUUUGAGACUUCGGGGGCCCAGAUUGAUACUGUUUCUCCAAUUGUUCUGGACGGCUGUUGCCUGUUGAAAUAGGAACCUCUGCGUAUGUUCAUAGCCACCCCGUGUUUCCUGUUAGUAGGGUUACCUUCUCCAUGUAAAACUAAAGCCAGAUUAUUUGGCCACAGUAUUAAAAGUGAUCAUUUAUCUUUCAAAUAUUGAUAUAAAACCAUAUUUAAAAUUUUCUACAACAAAAUGUAUUCUUUUCCAGGAACCCUAGAUACUUAAUGUGUAAUUUGCCAUACCCGUCCAUCAUUGUCUUUGUUUCCUUGCAUUUUUAACUUUGUAUGUAGUUACUCUUCUGCUUUUGGGUAUGUUUUCUAACUAAUAAAAUCACACGAGAAAUCUAAUCUGCAUAGUGAUACCUUCAUGAGCACGUACUCAAUAAACACCUGCAAUGGUGGUGGCA